CAAGUAGACAAUCAAUAUCAAUACAUAAAAUAAAUCGGAGAGAGAGAGAGAGAGGAGAAAAAGGGGCGUCCGGAAAUCAUUGGGGAAAGGUUUUCAAACAGAUAAUAGAAGAGAAGAAAGGGAUUCAUCAAUCCUAAUUCUUUUUGUUUUGUUUUCUUCUUUUAGUAUUUGUGAUUUGAGCUCUAGGGUUUUGUUCUGUGUAUUUUUUUCCCUUUGUGUUGUGCUGAUAAUCUGGGGAAAGAAUUGGGAUUUUGUUGUGAGGUUGGACGAUUUUCGAUGGAGGUUUCGAUGGGGAAGUGCCUGUGUAUGUUGUUGAUGUGUGUGUUGGCGGAAUCGGCGAUGUCGUUUCGUCUGGGAUCCUCUUCCUUCGUUUGUCAGCGUGAUUUCAAAGCCUUUGUUUACGAUCUCAAUUUUCAGUGCCCGUUUAUGAACCCUUUUUCUUCUUCUCCAAUCCAGGUGGAUGGAGACUCGUUUGAAAAUGCUGUGAACUCUGGUUCGAAGAACGAAUAUACUGCUGUUCUGUUCUAUGCCUCCUGGUGUCCUUUCUCAAGCGUCUUUCAGUCAAAGUUUUCUACUCUCAGUUCCAUGUAUCCGCAGAUCAAACAUCUAAUGGUCGAACAAUCUUCAGCCAUGCCCAGGUGGGUUUUUCUAAUUGUGUUCUCUAGGUAUGGAAUUCACAGUGUGCCCUCACUACUCAUAUUGAAUCAGACAACACGGAUGAGGUAUCAUGGUCGAAAAGAUCUCCAGUCGCUUAUUAAUUUCUACAAAAGAACUACAGGGCUCUACCCAGUGGUAGAUAUUGUUGAAGAAACAUCAAGCAACUCAGAGAGUGGUCCAAAAGUGUUUCAACUUUGGAAUGGAGGAUCGUUGAAGGAAACCUUCUUGAUGGAACCUUAUCUAGUGCUUUCGGCAGUAUUUGUCUUUCUGAGGGCUUUUCUAUAUUUCUUCCCGGAGAUUGUGUCUCGUAUAAUGGCACUAUGGGUGGCAUACAUUCCUCAUUUGAACUUGGGCAUUUUUGGAGAGUCAAGGCAACUUUUAGCACAUGUCCUACAUCUGAUUGAUGUUAAGAGGAUUUGGAGCAAGCUAAAGCUGUGUAAAACUAGGAACUUCCAUGAAAGGGCAAGAAAUGCUCGAGUUUGGGCAUCAUCCUUGGCCUCUGUAUCAUUGGGCGAGACAUCUUCAACCAGAAUAUUUCCUUCAAGAGACUUGUAAAUUAGUUGCGUCCCUCGGAUCAUGUCGAACUGGAUCUUCUUUGCACCAGACUGCAAGAAGUGACCGCUAUAGUACUUGGGUUUUCUUCUCCUUUCUUUUUUUCCCCAUUCCCUCCUGCUUUUCUGCCCCCUCUUUUUGUAAACUCUAGUUAUUACAUCCUUUGUUUCGAGAGUAACAAUAUGUGAAGACCAUGAGGAUGUCAACUUGGGAUUUCAACUGUAGUGAGGAAUAAUGUAAAUUUCAGAACAUGUUCCUCCAGUGUAUAUCAUGUAGUAAAUUCAGAAAACUUCCAUCGACGCUCAAAAUUCAGACGGCUGUGUAUUUUGCA